UCCACAUCAUGGUUGCAUUCUGUUCUCCUCAAUUCAAAUACUCAAACAUGGGAUGGCUACAAGAGUUAGAGCCUGCACAGUCCUUAAGUAUUAACCCUAAGGAGAACAAUUAUGUUUCCUCUUUACCGCAAUAUCAUCUAUUCUCUUCACCGAAGCAACAACAUCUUGAGACUGAAACGUCACCACCAUCUCCUAAGCUUAUGGUGAAGAAGCUUAACCACAAUGCUAGCGAACGUGAUCGCCGCAAAAAGAUCAAUGGCUUGAUUUCUUCACUUCGUUCACUUCUUCCUGAUCAAGAUCAAACGAAAAAAAUGAGCAUUCCGGUAACAAUUUCAAGAGUCUUAAAAUACAUACCGGAAUUACAAAAGCAAGUUGAAGGAUUAACUAAGAAAAAAGAAGAUCUUAUAUCAAGAAUUUCCCAGCAACAAUAUGCAGUCAACAAAGAUUCACAUAGGAAAAUAAUUCCUAAUUACAGUUCUUCUUUUGUGGUUUCAACAAGUAGACUUAAUGAUAAUGAGCUUGCUAUUCAUAUCUCAUCUUAUGAAGCUUACAAGAUUCCAUUAUCUGAGAUCUUGUUGUGUUUGGAAAAUAAUGGACUUGUUCUACUAAGUUCUUCCUGUUCUAAAACAUUUGGAGGGAGACUCUUCUACAACUUGCAUUUUCAGGUGGGAAAUGCUCAAAGUUUAGAGUGUGAUGUUCUUAUUCAGAAGCUUUUGCCAGCAAUGUAA